UCCACAGACAGACGCUAUCUGGUUACUGAAACUGAUUUGUGUUUUGCAAUCUGCAUCUUCAUAUAGCCUAAUAAUGUCCUAUAGCACUCUGUAUCUGCUGCUUAUUGUGCUGUUCAGCUGUAACUGCAGCAGUAUGUCUGAGCUACAGGAGAAGGAGAGGGAAGAACUGACUGGCAGGAGCAGACUACCUGUGGAGAGUGGUGCUGCUGGGAAUCAGCAGUCCUGCCUCAUCACAGGCCUUUACCCACUGUUGGCAGAACUGAGCUCCACUCUUCAGUCUCUUAAGGCUAGCAAGGACCAAGAACAGUUUAGGAGAAAAGAAGAACAUAACGUAGCAUUUGCUGCUUCACUCGGAAACAGAGGAGAUGUUGGGCCCUUCGGUACAGAUGUCACACUUGUUUACCAAAAUGUCUUUGUGAAUGCUGGGUCACAUUACAACACGGGCACUGGCAUUUUCACAGCACCUGUUAAAGGAGUCUAUUUCUUCAGUCUUUCUGGACAUAACAAGACAACCAAACCCAUGGGUCUAAGACUUUUUAAAAAUGGAGAUCAAAUGACAAUUUUAUACAACUAUGCUCUAACUGAUGCAGGUAUCCGGUAUGAAACAUUGUCUAAUUCAAUCACUUUGAUGCUGGAGAAAGGCGAUCAGGUCAGUGUACAUCUCUUGGCAAAUACAUGGGUGUUUGAUAAUACUGAUAAUCUAACUCUGUUUACUGGUCAUUUGGUCUUUCCUUUUUGACCAUCUUAUUACAGUUUUCCCUAAUUGCUUUGGGUCAAUUUGCAAAUUCUCUUUUAUUUUUUUCUUAAAACAGCAAGUUCAAGUUUCUCCCAAAUGUAAUUAAUUGCAUCCAUGUCUGAAAAAAAGUAACAAUCAACAAUCAGCUUUUUUAUGGAGCUUUUCUGCCUGGGGGUCAUUUUGUGUCAAAUGUCUGUUCAGUACAGUAUAUGCUGUAUAACAUAUGUAAGAACUGUGUAAAAAUGAACAUGCAGAUGUGAAUUUCCUGUUUACAUGUAA